AUGGGACCUAAAUUUACUUGGUGUAACAACAAAUCCGGCGGAGCUCGGAUUCUAGAGAAAUUGGAUAGAUGCCUCAUCAAUUCCAUUGCUUUGAACUCUAUUCACCUUGCUAUGGUGAAACAUUUAUCUCGUAUUGCUUCGGAUCAUUGUCCUGUUUUACUAGAGAUUUUCAAACCUGCUGUGGUUAACAAAAUUGAUAUCCGGUAUGAAGAAGUUUGGGCAACUUAUCAUGGAGCAGAGGCUAUUGUGGAGAAAUCUUGGAGUAAAUUCGCUGGGUUGGAUCCGGCAUCUUCUCUUAAUGUUAAAUUUAAAAGAACUUUGAGAUCUCUUUUCUACUGGAGCAAAGCCAAGUUCAAAAACCUUAUGGUUCUUCGGGACAGAUUGAAGGAAGAGAUACAAGAAAUUCAACUGGAAGAAGGCGAAUUUGGGAUUUCUUUGGAAAAGCUACAGAUUUUAAGAUUCAAAAUUAAUGAACUCAAUGUCACUCUUACAAGACUCAAUACUUGGUGGAGGCAAAGAGCUAAAGCAAGGUGGAUGGAAGAAGGAGAUUGCAAUUCUGGUUUCUUUCAUGCAUUUGCUAAUGCCAAGAAAAAUACCAAUUGGAUUAGUCAUAUUAAAACUAAUGCAUGUAAUAUAAUGGAGGAUGUAAAUGAAAUUCAGAAAGUGUUUUCUGAAUUCUUCAAGCUGAAAUGGCAACAGAGGAAUUGUAUACUUGAUGGCUGGCCUAAUCCUUUGGCAAUUGUCAAUGAGAAGGAUCAAUCUAUGUUGGAAGAAGAGUUCACUAGGAAAGAGCUUCAAAGUAUUAUUGAAAAAUCUGGCAGCAAUAUUGCUCCUGGGGUGGACGGGAUAACAUUUUCAUUUUUGAAAAAGUUUUGGAAUCUGAUAGCUGAAGAUGUUUGGUUAGCAGUGAGGCAUUUCCUGAUUUCUGGAGAUAUGCAUAUGUCGUGGAAGGAAACCAUUAUAGUAUUGAUUCUGAAGAAUCAAAAUCCUCAAGAGGUAAAUAGUUAUCGGCCUAUUAGCUUGUGUUUGACCAUUUAUAAAGUUAUUGCAAAAAUGCUUUUGAGAAGAUUGGAAAUGGUUAUUCACAAAUUAAUCUCGACGGAUCAAGCUGCUUUUAACAAAGGCGUUCUUUGUCAGAUCAUGUUCUUUUGGCACAAGAAGUCUUCAACAAAUUUCGUUAUUCUAAAGCUAGGAAAGGUCUUUUUGCAAUCAAGCUUGACAUGGAACAAGCUUAUGAUAGUAUUGGUUGGGAUGCUUUGA